AGUGAGGAGGCGGGAAAUUUAAUUCCCAAAAAGAAACAGCUUCUGUAUAAGAGAAACAAAAAAAUAAAAAAACAAAUUGCGUCACCACCAUCAUCUCCCUUUCACAACCCAAAUCGCACCACCUCCUUUCUCCUCCGCAACCGCGCCGCCACCGCAGCUCACUCCUCCACCCGAUUUGAGGUUGCUGUUGCUGUUGCUGCUACCGCCGCGCCGCUCCUCCUCACGCGAAGCCCAGAUCCACCUCUACGCCGUCGUUCCUGGCGCCGCCAUCCUCUUUUCCGGUCCCAGCGCCACCGCCAGAUUUCGGUACCAGCACCAGCUACGGUGCCACAGUGUCUUCAUUCUCAAUUGUGAUCAAUGGAUUCGAACUCUGUGGAAGGAGGACCAACGGUUCUCACUGACGAUUAUGAUGCCUUGAUUUCAACCACCGAUUUUGAACUGCUCAAGCGAGCUUGGCGUAGUGAGAAGGCAGCCCCUGAGAUUCUUCGAUUUGAAUCUGAUUUGAUCAACCGUGUCAGAGAACAGAUUCAAUUGAUGGAAGAUACUGUUGAGGAGAAAGGCGCUGCUGGAGCUGACCCUCAUUCGUUAUCUUUGUAUCAGAUGGACAUUGAUAGAACCCUGUUUCUAUUAAGAUCAUAUCUUCGCAUCCGCAUCCAGAAGAUUGAAAAGUACAUGUUCCACAUCCAAAAAACUGAUGAACUUUGGAACAGGCUAUCUACUGAAGAGAAAAAUUUCACUAGAAGGUGUACAGAUGACCUAAAACAGCACUUAGAGGAGAGUGUUCUAUCUAAAUUGCCUGAAAAUUAUCAGUCUGUUCAAAAGCAAUCUGUAAUUAGUGAAGAGGAUGACAUGGGCUGUUGUGAGAUAAAGUUUCUUGGUAGCACAUUGUCCCAGAACCACAGCAAGACACAUUUGUUUUAUGUAGAAGUAAAGAAUAUCUCACAGGCAUUCAACUUGAAGAUGGACCAGUUGAUGACAGGUCGAAGCUCUUUGAGAUGGAGGCUGGUGUCCUCUACUUCAUAUGUUACAAAUCAAUAAAGGCACUUGUAGAGAGUGGCAAAAUUGAUCUACUUUGAUAAGUUAACAAGUUGGGUAUUGAUGAUCAUGUGAUUUCUGCUAUUGUUCAUCAAUUGUCACCUUCCAAGGCGUAUUCUUGCUCCUAACAAUGUUUUUUCCCCCCUCAACUCGUGUAUGAAGCUGACAGAAGAUUCAUUCAUGGUGGAAAGCACGAAGAUCAACUGUGUUGAUGUCUUGUUAAGUGUUUGUUUUCACUAUUGUGUUUGUUUACGGUUGUGUUUUCUUUUAGUAUUUUACUAUGCUACUUUUCUUUAAAUGAUUUUAUUAUCCUACUUAACCAUA